GAGGAGCCCACUUCCAAGUCGGUCGGUCUUCGCGAGGUGCAAGUCCACGGUUGAGGCUUGGAUCGUAGGACGUCCACAAAGGGCCACCAUACAGGUCCAAAUACACUUUGCAGGUGGCGAUUUGCCAUUUCAAAUCCCUCUCGACCGGAGUAACUAUGGCGCCUUGUGGGUUUCUCGCGAUCAGAGCUCUCCUUUAUCCAGACCAUAUCCCUGGUGAAGCUAACAUGAUAUACAAACACCUCGCCCUCUCCCGGAGGCAAAAUCCAGACUUGCCCUCGUUGUGCAUUAACCCUACAUACUAGAGCUUCUGUGUCCCGCGAAAACAGCGCGAGAGGUCAACAGAACGCCAUCGGUCGUGACUCAGCUCCCUUUGGACAUACCUCCCUUCACAAGGCACGUACCUGCAGCAAGGCGGGCACACUUAUAAGCAACCCAAGAUCUCGUUUCAAGGGACGCACGCCUACACCACGUCUCCAGCCCACUAAAACAGCUUCCUCCACGCGAGUCCCCUGCCGAAGCGCCGCGGCGUACUGCAGUUCUCCGGGGGUCCCCAUACCAAUAACGUCUACUGCCGAUGUAUCAGCAGCGACCUAAACUCAAUCAGGAGAAAGCCACGAGCACCCUCCCCAGGCCCAGCUCCUGCGAUUUCUGGAACGCGAGCAUAUGCAUGGUUGAUUGAACUGACGCCAUAGCCCUGUCGCGGUCCUCCAACCUGAUUGCCGGUCGCCGUUUUCGAAUCAUUUGCGCACAGGGAUCUGCCCCGUCAGCAAGGUCUGUGAGAUCAGCCUCGCCUUUUACCUAAUCUGAAGACAACCUCAUUGCCUACGCCUCAAAUCUGUUGCGCCUACUCGGAAAUUAAGUCGUUCAGCAACGUGUCAUGCCACCAAAAGCAAAACGAUCAAAAUCUCCCGACUCCCAGUUUCUGUUCGUCAACGAAGAUGCCUCGACCGUAACCCGGACCACCAAAGACGCUGAACUGGACAGGACAAAGCAGAGCCAUGUACAGCGUCAAAAUUUUGCCCGCAAACGGCGGUUGCGAGAACAGUCAGAGUCUGCCCCGCAGCAAGCCAGCAGCCAAAGUUCAGUGUCCUCCAGUCCUGCAGUGGCCGGUCCGUCGUCUUCUACAACUCAGGAAGGGCCUUCCCAUGGCGCAAAUUACUUCGACAUCAUCCAGAACAUCGACCUUGAAGACCCGUUGUUCCAAUCAACCAGCCCUCCGUCCAUUUCGCAAACUGCCCUCGACCCUCAUCUCUCGGCACUGUUCUCGGACCCUUUCGCUUCCACGCCUGCGUCGCCUCCUAUACCUUCACAACAAGCCAAUAUUUUUGGUCCUUCCCACAGUUAUCGUCCGGGUCAUUACUUCGACACGUCCUCCGCGAGCUACAAUCUCUCCCAACCGACAAGAAACGUGGCUAGUGUUGUGAGCCCAUCAAUACCGCUGAGUGGGGUGUCCAGCCCGCCGACCAACACUCACCGCGCCUUGGAACAAUGGGCACCGCCUCUAAUCAAGCAUUAUAACACGGUCAUACUACCAGAAAAGUUCUGGAAAGACACCCAAAAGGUACCGAUGGGUCAAUUCCGUCAUGCCCCCUUGAUCCACGCGGACAUGCAGGCUUGCAUGACGGAACCGGCACACAUGUAUGCAUUUCUUGCUUCUGCCGCGGCCCAGAUGAUUGCUCGGGAAGGUAGACUACUGUUACCGAAUGUUUCGGAGGAAGAGAUCCAACGGGUGCCCAUGUUCUUCAAAACCAAAGCCCUACAGGCUCUACAGGCCAAACUCGCCAAUGGGCAGCUUGAUCAUCAUACGGCUGCGGACCUUCAUCGACUCUACGCUGCAGGGAUACACUCUGACAACUACGAGGCGGCCGAACCACAUUUCCAGGCUUUGCUCUCCAUGGUCGAUGCGCUGGGGGGCCUGAGUACCUUCGAUGACUAUCAGCUGGAGAAGAUAUUCAUGCUGGACUGCAUCGCCGCGCUAAAGCGGCUCGGAGUCCCACGUCUUGUUGUGACUUUAGAUCCCGGCCCACUACCGGAGGGGUUGUUGUUGAGUAUCGAAUCUCAAGGACGACUGCGUUCUCAACCAGGGUCACUGCUGGAGAUCUUGGUGGAUACCUUCAAUGAAUGUCAAAUGUUGGCCGACAGCUUCACCGAUCUUGUCCAAGUGUUGAGAAUGUCAGGCUUCUUGGCUGCUUCCCCUCGCUACGUCCACGAGUACUACAAGUGGUUCAAUUGGCGGAGUUUAAUCAUUUUACACCGACUUCUCUCUAUGCCUCUCCAUUACGACAUGGACGACAGGACUCACAGCGUGAGGAUUGCCGCAGCCUACUGCGCUGUCCUUCUACGCUCCCCAGAUCUGGGCCGGCGAGCCGCAUCGACUUCGGUGAACUCCCUGCGAGUGAAGCUGGAAAGCACCGACCUCGGGCUUUUGUGGCAGCCCCGCACCGAUUGUCUGCUGUGGGUGGCUGUUUUCGGAGGCGUCUGUUGCACCGGUGGAGAAGACCUGGAAUGGUUCGUGCACCUCGCGAGAACUGCGGCAACUGAAAUAGGGGUUGGAAAUGUGAGGGAGUUAGAAGACUUGCUGGCGGCAUACCUCUAUGAUCCUUAUUCGCAGCGCGAAUUGGUGGUCCAAUUCGCUGGUCGGGUUUGGCCAAGACGAGAUCCAUAAGUGCUCAAUAAAAAAGCAGAUGACCUCAGACUUCCAGCAAUCAUCCUCUCAGCAUCAAGUGAUACUCUCACCAAGCCAAAGCCGCAGCUUUGCAACUCCGAGUAUCCGCCAAACAAUACUGGACCACAGAACCAAGUGGGAUACCCCCCACUUCUCAAUUUUUGUGAGUGUCCAUUCCACUUCUCAUCCACGACCUCUUGCUUGAACGGGACAAAGGCAAGGGGUAAAAUUGAAAGCCCACUCGGCGAAAUACUCAGGCUAGCCUUGCACCCACCGGUCCCUCUACAAUUGGCCGGCGGUACCUAAGCUUCAAUGCAGGCGAGGCUUGAACAGAUUACGUUUCUGUUCGAGAGAUGCUGCGACUUUGUGUGGGCUUGCUUACAUCAUCUAUGGAUUCAGUCCGUCAUGCAGGUCUUGCGAUUGCUUGGACGAGGUCAUGCACCUGCCCUGCGGCUGAGGGGAGCACAACUCGAAACUUCUAGAGGAAAGACGAGGGCCAGCUCGGCGAUCAGUAAUCGCCCCGAUUCGUGGGAAGAUCGUCUCCAAUACGGCAUGAUAUGUCAAGCUCAGCCAGUCGCCGAGUCAUACAUUGAUCUUGACGACAGCAAGUCGCGUCCGGUGCAAAGGGCGGAUCUUAUGGUGAGUUCCGAAACUUAAUACUGAUCAAGAAUAGUGUGAAGCGGGUGGGACAUCACAGGCGAAUAAGAUGACAGGUAAAGUGAUGGCGAGGGUGCCAUGGGAGAUGCCACUCACGAGGAAAUGAGACACUGACAUUCCAUCAAAACGAGAGGACGGCCAACGACCAGGAUCAUGGAUUGGUCCUCCAUCUCGUGUGAUGCCCGAUUAGCUGCCGGUGGGAAGGUGCGCUGAGG